GCGCUCAAUGGCCAUUUCCCUGUGGUUGCAGAAGCGCUGGUGAGGACCCUGGCCUCGUACGAAGUGGUGACCCCCGCGCGGGUCAAUGAGUUCGGCGAAGUGUUCCCUCAGAGCCAUCACUUCAGUCGGAGGAAGCGCAGCUCAGAGGCGCCCGAGCCCCCGCCGUUCCGGACCCACUACCGAAUCAGCGCCUACGGGCAGCUGUUCCAGCUGAACCUGAGCGCGGACGCGGCCUUUCUGGCGGAGGGCUUCACCGAGGUGCACUUGGGGGCCCCCGCGCGCGGGGCGGAGGAGAGCCGGGCGGUGUCCCCAGGCUUGCGCCACUGCUUCUAUCGGGGCCAGGUCAAUGCUCGGGAGGAUCACAUAGCGGUCUUCAGCCUCUGUGGAGGCCUGAUGGGAACAUUUAAAGCACAUGAUGGUGAAUAUUUCUUAGAACCUAUAAUGAAGGCAGAUGGGAGUGAACAUGAAGAUGAUCAUAACAAGCCACAUCUUAUAUACAGACAGGAGUUAAAGAGGAACUAUUUUCUGCAUCCUCAUAAACCUUGUGAUGUUUCAGAAAGUCAAAUAAAGAAAACCACUUUACCUUUUCAUAACAACAGCAACAUGAAUGAAGAUCUUAACAUGGAAGUAGUUUUAGGACACCCUUCAAAAAAUGUGUCAGUGGAAAAUGAAAAAAGUCAAUUACAUUCCAGGAAAAAACGGUUUUUAUCAUAUCCAAGAUACGUGGAGGUUAUGGUGACAGCUGACGCUAAAAUGGUUCAUCAUCACGGGCCGAAUUUGCAGCACUAUGUACUGACUCUGAUAUCAAUUGUUGCAGCAAUCUACAAGGACUCAAGUAUUGGAAAUCUUAUAAACAUAGUUAUUGUAAAAUUAAUUGUAAUUCAUAAUGAACAGGAAGGACCAGUCAUCAGUUUUAAUGCAGCUACAACAUUACGUAACUUUUGUUUGUGGCAACAAACUCAGAAUGUUCUUGAUGAUGCUCACCCUUCCCACCACGAUACUGCUGUUCUUAUCACAAGGGAAGACAUUUGUGGAGCUAGAGAGAAAUGUGACACAUUAGGCUUGGCAGAAUUAGGCACCCUGUGUGACCCUUUACGGAGCUGUUCUAUUAGUGAAGAAAAUGGCCUCAGCGCCGCCUUUACCAUAGCCCACGAGCUGGGGCACGUAUUUAAUGUUCCACAUGAUGAUAGUUUUAAAUGUAAGGAAUCUGGAAUUAAACAUCAAUAUCAUGUGAUGGCUCCAACUCUAAAUUACCACACAAGUCCUUGGACCUGGUCAAAAUGCAGUCAGAAAUAUAUCACUGAAUUUCUAGACACUGGUCAUGGGGACUGCCUCCUUGACAAACCAAAUGGGAGAAUAUAUGAUCUGUCCUCACAACUUCCUGGAUUAAUGUAUGAUGUAAACAAGCAGUGUGAACUUAUGUUUGGUCCUGGAUCACAAGUGUGUCCCUAUUUGAAACAGUGCAGGCGUCUCUGGUGCACGAGUGCAGAAGGAGUCCACAAGGGCUGUCGUACUCAGCACAUGCCCCUGGCAGACGGAACCAACUGUGGUCCUGGGAUGCAUUGCCACCAUGGGCUGUGUGUAAACAAAGAAAUGGAAACACGUCCUGUAGAUGGUGAAUGGGGACCAUGGGGACCUUACAGUUCUUGUUCAAGAACAUGUGGAGGUGGAAUCAAAAGCACAACCAGGCUCUGUAAUCGCCCCGAGCCGAGAAACGGAGGCAAGUACUGUGUGGGCCGCAGGAUGAAAUUUCGAUCAUGUAAUACUGAUUCCUGUCCAAAAGGAAAGCAAGACUUUCGUGAGAAGCAGUGCUCUGAUUUUGAUGGUAAACAUUUCAACAUCAAUGGUCUUUCCCCUAACGUGAGAUGGCUUCCAAAGUACAGUGGGAUUGCCAUAAAAGAUCGCUGUAAACUCUACUGUCGGGUUGCUGGAACCACUAACUUCUACCAGUUGAAGGAUAGGGUUGCCGAUGGUACCCCUUGUGGAACUGAAACUAACGACAUCUGUGUUCAAGGCCUGUGUCGGCAAGCUGGUUGUGAUCAUGUGUUAAAUUCCAAGGCCAGGAGAGACAAAUGUGGUGUGUGUGGUGGCGAUAAUUCAUCAUGCAGGACAAUGUCAGGAGUCUUCAACAGUGCUCAUUAUGGUUAUAAUGUUGUCGUAAAGAUUCCCGCAGGAGCAACCAACAUUGAUAUUCUUCAGCACAGCUAUUCUGGAACACCAGCAGAUGACAAUUACCUUGCAUUAUCUGACACUCAAGGGAACUUUCUUUUGAAUGGAAAUUUUGUUGUAAGUAUGGCAAAGAAAGAAAUCCACGUACAAGGAGCCAUUUUUGAAUACAGUGGUUCAAACAGCUCAACUGAACGAAUCAACAGUACUGAUCGGCUAGAAGAAGAACUUGUUUUGCAGGUUUUGUGUGUGGGUAAUUUGUACAACCCUGAUGUACGUUAUUCCUUCAAUAUCCCUGUGGAAGAGAAGAGAGACCAGUUCACGUGGGACCCAUAUGGACCAUGGCAAGACUGUACCAGAAUGUGCCAAGGUCUUCAUAGAAGAAAAAUUACCUGCAUACGUAAGAGUGAUCUUAUGGUAGUGCCUGAUCAAAGAUGUGACCACCUACCACUUCCAUUGUUUGUGACUGAAAGAUGCAAUACAGACUGUGAACUAAGGUGGCACAUCGUCGGCAAAAGUGAAUGUUCAUCCCACUGUGGUCAAGGAUACAGGUCCUUGGACGUCCACUGCAUGAAGUAUUCCGUGCAUAAAGGACAGACUGUCCCAGUAGAUGACCACUACUGCAGUGACCAACUGAAACCUCCGACCCGAGAGCCCUGCCAUGGCGACUGCGUGUUAACAAGGUGGCAUUAUUCGGAAUGGUACCAGUGUUCCAGGAGUUGUGGAGGAGGGGAAAGGUCUCGAGAAUCUUAUUGUAUAAAUCACUUUGGCCACCGGCUUGCUGACAGAGAAUGCCAAGAGCUUCCCCACGUGAUGACUGAGAAUUGCAAUGAAUUUCCCUGUCCCAGUUGGGCUACCAGUGAGUGGAGUGAGUGUCCUGUUACAUGUGGAAAAGGAACAAAGCGGCGACAGGUGUGGUGUGAACUCAAUGAAGAUCAUUUGAGUGACGGCUUCUGUAAUCCAAGUACCAAACCCGAAUCCCUGAGACCAUGUGAGCUUCAUACAUGUGCUUCCUGGCAAGUCGGACCCUGGGGUUCUUGCACAGCCACCUGUGGGCAUGGGUAUCAGAUGCGUGCUGUGAAGUGUGUGGAUGCGCUGCUCAGUGCCGUGUUGGAUGACAGACUGUGCUAUGGAGCUAGUCGCCCCAGUGACAGGCAGGACUGCAUCAUGAUAUCUUGCCCAGUUAUUCUUAAAACUGGGACCACUUCGUUACCAGCUGUUCCCAUGGGAAAGACAGCACAGUGGCGAUAUGGUUCUUGGACUCCAUGCUCCGCAUCUUGUGGAAGAGGCAACCAAGCCCGCUAUGUAAGCUGCCGCGAUGCUCAUGACGGAAUAGCAGAUGAAUCAUAUUGCGCACAUAUACCUCGACCUGCUGAAAUCUCCAUCUGUUUUAGCCCUUGUGGGGAGUGGCAAACAGGGGAUUGGUCACCUUGUUCAGCUUCCUGUGGCCAUGGAAAAACAAAUCGGCAAGUUUUAUGCAUCAAGUACCAUCAGCCAAUUAAUGAGAAUCACUGUGACCCUGACGUUCGCCCUUCAGCAGAACAAGAAUGCAAUGUGGCAGCCUGCCAGCCCUCGUACAGCAACUUUCCGAGUUCCUCUGAGCAGCCAAACCAUUUUCCAGGCAGGAAUUUUCCAUUAACUCACAAACCAGAAGAUAAUGAAAAGUGGGGGGUCCAUCCAUCAAUCAGAGGAAACCAAUGGAGAACAGGACCAUGGGGAUCGUGCUCCAGCAGCUGUGCUGGCGGCGUUCAGCGUCGGGUUGUGGUCUGCCAGGAUGAAAACGGACAGAGUGCCCAUUACUGUGAUGUGGCUGCCAAACCCCCCGAGGCAAAGCAUUGUGACACAGGACCCUGUCCACAGUGGAACUACGGGAGCUGGGGAGAAUGUACACAAACAUGUGGAGGAGGAAUAAAAUCAAGAUUUGUAAUAUGUCAAUUUCCCAACGGCCAAAUGUCACAGGAGCAAAACUGUGAAAUCUUGAACAAGCCACCUAGCGUGGCACAAUGUCAUGUUCAUGCUUGCCCUGAUGAUGUCUCAUGGCAUCGGGGACCAUGGAAUUCGUGUUCAGCUUCUUGUGGUAAAGGUUUAAAGUACCGCGAGGUGCUUUGUGUUGACCAAGUUCAAGGGAAAUUAGAAGAAAAAUACUGCAGUCAUCUCCGGAAACCUCGAACUCACAAAGCUUGUAGAUCUGGCAGGUGCCCUUCAUGGAAAGCCAAAAGAUGGAAGGAGUGCUCUGUGACCUGUGGCCCUGGAGUUGAGCAAAGGGAUGUGUACUGCAGACUGAGAGGCGUUGGUCCGGUGGCGGAAGAGAUGUGUGACUGGUCCACUCGGCCUCAUUCGCAGAGGCAGUGCUGGCGCCAGGACUGCAUACAGUCCCAGUGGGUGGCAGGAGAGUGGUCGGAUUGUUUAACAUCAUGUAAAAUGAAGGAGACACAUCGGCAAGUGCAGUGCAUUGACGCACAAAACAUUCAAGUGAAUGAAAGUUUCUGUGACCCUUCAACCAGACCUCUUUCCAUCAAAAAGUGCAAGAACCUUCCCUGCAAGUACAUUGUAGUAACAGGAGACUCAUCUCAGUGUGCUGGUAAUUGUGGAUUUAGUUACCGACAAAGGAUUACAUAUUGCAUUGAGAUUCGGUCUACUGAUAGAUAUAAGCUCCAUCAGCUUUGGCCUAUAGACUAUCGAGAAUGCCCUGUGCUGCCUUCACCACAGACUUACAAAUGCAAUCUAAGGAGCUGUUUGCACAUGGCCACUUGGAAAGUUGGAAAAUGGAGCAAGUGCUCAGUGACUUGUGGAGUGGGGGUAAUGGAGAGAAGAGUGGAAUGCAUGGCUGAAAACGGUUGGUUCAGUGACUUAUGUUUAAAGCGUUUAAAGCCAGAUGCUCAAAAGAAAUGUUAUGUCAAUGACUGCAAAACAUUUACCAGCUGCAAAGAAAUCCAAGGGGAAAACAACAUUACCAAGGAUGGUGACUAUUACCUUAACAUUGAGGGAAGAAUAAUAAAGGUUUAUUGUGCAGAUAUGCACUUGGAGGACCCCAAGGAAUAUAUAUCAUUGGUCAAAGGUGAAGAAGACAACUUUUCUGAAGUGUAUGGUUUUAGACUACAAAAUCCAUACGAAUGUCCUUUUAAUGGAAGUAGGAGGCUAGACUGUGAAUGUACAAAUGACUACCUGGCUGCUGGACACACAGUUUUCAGCAAAAUAAGAAUUGAUCUCACUUCUAUGCAAAUUAAAACUACAGACCUUCUAUUUGCUCAGACAGUAUUUGGAAAAGCAGUUCCUUUUGCCACGGCUGGAGAUUGCUACAGUGCUGCCAGAUGCCCACAGGGGCGGUUCAGCAUUAACUUGGCAGGAACUGGGAUGAAGAUAUCCAGCACUGCCAAGUGGCUGGCUCAGGGCAGUUACGCCUCUGUCGUCAUCCACAGAUCACAAGAUGGAACCAAAGUCUACGGCAGAUGUGGAGGGUUUUGUGGAAAGUGUGUUCCUCACCUGAUGACUGGCCUCCCAAUUCAAGUGAUCUGAGCAUUCAGAAGUGAGAAGUGUGUCCCAAAGAGGAGAUAGUCUUUGAACCUGCAAAUAACCGGUGCUCAUGUCUUUCAUCUUCCCUUCCUGAGAUUUCCGUGUCCAAAAGGUCUGUGACUUUGUUUAGGGUGCUCACCAGGGAGUCAAAUCCCCACUUAAUUUUUUCAAGGCCUUCAACUUAAUAGGUAUAUAACUCUAAUCAGGAUAUUUUUUUAAAAAGUACUUAUUUAUGGUGGAAUAUACAAGGAUGUCUGGAUGAAUUAUACCAAGAUAAUAUUGCAGUUAACAGCUUGGACUCAACCACAGUUAAACCUAUAAACAUACAUGUAAACCUCUACUCAGUAUUCUACUGUACAAUGAAAUGUUUGCUCUACUUGUUAAGUGGAAAAUGAACUUAUUUAAAACUACCAUAAACAUUAUUUCAUGUCAGGUGAAUAGUAGUAAAUCAAUAGUUACUUUGAAAAAGUACAUAGCCAUUAUACUUACUGAUACAGCAUAGAUACCUUGUUUUAUAUUCCUUUAAUUGUGAAUGAUGGUGCUUCAAAUUUUAAAAAUCCUAAAAAUGUGUGCUUGGGUUAAAUACUAAAUAACUUUUGUGGGUAUAAUACAAAAGAAGGUAUAAUAUAGUAGAAUUUUAAAACACCUACCUCUAAUUUAAUGUGUACGCUCUCUAUGUCUUUAUAACUCUCACGUGUAUAUAUCUACUCUUAAAAAUCUAUUUUCUCAAAGUUUAUACUGUAUUUUAUUAAUCAAAUACAGAAGUGAGAAUUAUUGAAAUUUUGAAGAUUCAAUAAACAAAAUUAUUUUUACAUGUGCAAAAUUUUUAUUAGAGAUGUUCAUGUUAAGAGAUGUUCAUGUUAUUUUAUACCUAAGAUUUCUCAAAGCCAGAACAUAAAAGAUAGUAAAAAUUAACUAUCCUUGGACAAAUUCUCAGGUAUUAAAUUUUUUUCAGGUGGAUAAUUGUGUAUUAUAUAAUAAUGUGGUUUUAAACUAAUCAUAGACAAAUAAUAUUUUUAUAUGGAAACCUACUCUGUAAAACAAAACUGAAUCUACUAACAGAAUUUUAUCAGUUAAUAAUAGAUUAAUUUUACCCACAAAGUUUUCCCCCCAAACAUUUAUUAGAGGUAUAUUGUACCAUAUAAGGUACUAAAGCAAUUUUGUGCCAAUGUGGCUAAACAUUUAGGGAUCUCUGUAUCAGAAAUAAAGUAUUUUGCACUAUGUGCCUUAAAUCAGU